UGCUGGGUUGAACUACAUGAUUUUGUUGUCUGGACUGGAUGGAUAUGGAGAACAACAGCACUGGUUGUUUUCAAGAUCGGGUGUACUGUAUGUACGUAUUUUCUCUUGCUAGUUUUUUGGCUGGUUGAUGGUUGAUCAUGUCAGUCUUCUGAGUGCCCGUUGGCUAGCUGUAGAUUCUGGGCGACACGAACCGCUAGUACUGCUAGUCGCUAGUGCUUGGCACUGUUGUAUUUGUCACUCGAAGCGCUAGUACUAGUGGGUAGAGUUUUUCUUGAUGCCUGAUGGCUACUCAAAGAGCCAGACCGAGAAAGUUUGCGGACCGCAUCGCACGGGAGCACCAGCGAGCGAAGGAGCAGGCGGCAGAAUUCGAUAAUGUGCUGAACUAUCGACGAGACGAUACAGCACCAAUGGGAACACCUCAGUCGGCAGGGCCGUAUCCGUCGACACACGAUGGCCAUUCGCUCAUGGGCCAUGGACAUCAGGGUGUCGGUUGGAUACCCGGACCGUACACGGGGCAGCCACGCCCAGGAGCUGUUGAUGCAAGUCUGCCGACGUACGACUCAAUCGGCCCCUCACAUCACAUGGGGCUUCAGUCUACAGUGCCCAGUGGCGCUGGCGGACACGGCUGCGUAGCAAACCUGUUCACGCCGCGGUCGGCGUUUGAUCCCCAGUGGGUGAACUCGCGAAAACGUCCUCCUGGAAGCCAGUUAACGCCGCGGUCACCGGAGUUUGUACCGCCGCAAAUACCUCUGAUGCAGGCUAAUGGUGCCGCCAAUCCGCAUUUCUUCAAUCCAGCAGGACUCCAGACUGCAAUGAAUCUGACUUCUCGGGAGACAUCUGAUGCUGCCCAGAUGGACAUGAUAAGGCGACAGACACUAUCGUUGACGGACAUCAACAGCGCGGCUCGGCAGUUACAGGCGCGUCAACAGCUGCAGCAGCAACAGCAACAGGAGCAGCAACAGCAACAACAGCAGCUGCGGCAACAGCACCAAGAGCGGCUGCUGCUGCAGCAGCGGCAGCUGCAGGCUGCACGUCUUCCCGGAGAUUCAGCCUGGCAGGCCAGUGCAAAUGCGGCGGAGCAACACCUGUCGCUGCUCAUGCCCAAGGCGGAAAACAUGCAACUACAAAAUCAUCAUCAGCAGCAGCAACAGCAGCAGCAGCAACAGCAACAGCAGCAGCAAUCUGGAUAUCUCCAGCCGGCUGCAGGGCAUCGCCUACAGCACACGCAGGCAUUGUCCUGCCCGAGUGUACUGGACGAGAACCGGCAGCAACCCAUACCCACUGCCACCAGCGGGGUAGCGACCCCGGGUGGAGCAAUCAGGGAGGAGCCGCUUCACCUGAGCCGUUUGCAGCUCGCCGGUUCCACACCGUCACUGAACGCUGGCGACUGUGAGCAGCAGGUGGCACCCGGAGGUGCCAUGAGGCCGCCGCGACGCUUCAACUCGUCCAGCGCACUCAACUCUGCACGCGGUGCGCCGUACCAGAAGGUAUCGACGACAAGCGUGCCGGACCUCUCGGUGAAUGAACCAGCUGCGGUGGCAGCACACUCAGCCUCGCAGGAACUGGUGAACGCAGCGCUAACUCGUGGAGUUGAUCAGUUCCCCCAUCAACCCGACGUAGACCGGAUAGUAUCGAUAGACACCUCGGACGAACUCCCUGCAGAUCUACAGCGGGCGCAAGCAGACAAGCUGGCUUCGGAGUUUGCCGGCGGACCGAAGAAGCUGGCGAAAGCGGUCAGCCUGGACAGCAGUUCGGUACAGCAUGGCUGUGCACAGCCGGGGCUUCAGAUGGCCGCCAGCACAAGGAAUGCAUCGCUGGGCCUCACUAGCCUACAGUCACAGCAGCUGAUACCUGGAGGGGCCAGUGCUGCAGCUGCCCAGCUCGAAAUGCUGUCUCCGCCUCAGCAUGCACACCUUCUGCACCUGCAGCAGCUGCUGCUGGAGCAGAGGCAACGAAAAGAGCUGGUGCUGCAGCGAACGCAGUUGCUGAGACACUCACAGCAACAGCAGCAGCAGCAGCAUGUAGGCCUGCAACAUCCCAGCAUGACUGCCGGUGCUGUGACGGCCAACACGUCGACUGGCGCGUCGUCUGCUGCACCACAGAAGGUUAGCCUGCCGGGUGUUGCUCAGACGGACGACCUGUAUUCUGAGGCUGGACUUGAAUCCUUCCUCUCGUCAGCCGCCUCGUCCAGUAUGAACAGCGCGCAGCAGAUAUCAUCUCCACCGACACAAGUGUUAACUCACUCGACCACCAGCAGCGCGUCAGCUCCAUCCCUGGCAAUGCCAUCUGUGGCCGUUUCCACUCCGGCCGAAAACAACAUGUCAGACCUGGCGUUUCCCGGUAUGAGCGUUAUCGAUAUGGGCGAUAUGGCUAAAGAGUUCGAAGCCUUGGAGCAGUAUCUCCAGAGCGGUGGGUCCAUGCAUGUCGCCGCUGGGGCUGCAUUCUCGCCCAGCGAGGUUGAUGCCCUGCGGCCAACGACGGCAUCGCAGGCGACCGCAUUGCAGGCUAGUCGGAACCCGGCCUCCAGGGGGAAUUCCCUGCCUGGCUCUUUGCCUUUGGGCGGCAGCCCACCCGUGCAGUCUUCGUCGGCAGCACUGCGCAGGCUGCAGUGAGUGACUGCGGCCAUUGUGCCUGCUGAUGCUGGUCCCGAAAACUUUCUCGGUGGUGCCGGUGCUGGUCCUCCCCCCCCCCCCCCCUAAUUAUUUUCAACGCUCCCCGGCGUUCACGUAUGCACGUGAGUGAGGCGCACUCGCAUGCAGGGUGCCCCCGUUGUACUUAGAUGCGAUAGUCGGUCGGUUUCAUAUCUGCCCCGUUUUGGCGGUCGGUUAAGCGGGAAUCAUUCUGUUAGGUACUUGCUCCCGGGAUCCCGUACCCCCGUUUUCCCGUACCCCCGUUUUCCCGUACCCCCGUUUUCCCGUACCCCCGUUUUCCAAGCUGGCCUGCAUGCACCCUAUACUAGUAUGUAGUACUCACCUUUUGUCUCCUUUUGUUCCGUUGGCCUGGGUAGCUACUUGCGCGCCCAUAUUUGCCAUAGCUACCCAGGCCCUUUAUCUUGCCGUUCUCACUUGAUCUCUCGCUCUUGUCUCUCUCUUCCACCAUGUAGUCGUUUGGUUCGUCUUGGUCUCUGUCUCUUCGUCUCCCCGAUAGAUGCUGUUCCACCUAACCUGUUCCCGUUGUCUCUGGAGAAUAUGCCGUCGUCCUUUGUCGUACUCAACAAUUCAAUGAACCGUUAGACGGCCGACCUGAUAGUGCAACCGUAGAAUUGGGACUCCUGUGCUGGCCACCUGAUUGGUCGUGCCCCAAUCCAA